AUGUCGCUGCUGGAGAUUUACUUGGAGCGGAAAUUGCAUCUGGGAGUGAAAAUGGAAGAUGGUGAAAGACCGCCUAUUGCAGCCAGAUUCUCAAGAAAAAGGUUGGCUUUUGGAUGGGUCCCAGAAGAUAUUCUUGUUGAGAGAGUUGUUGGAAGAAGGUUAGAUCCAAUUACUGGAAAGAUAUACCAUUUGAAGUAUUCUCCCCCAGAGACCCAAGAGAUAGCGUCAAGGCUCACCCAAUGUUUUGACGAUACAGAAGAAAAGGUGAAAUUGCGAUUAAACACUCAUCAUCAGAAUGUGGAGGCGGUACUUUCAUUGUAUGAAGGCAUAACAACUAAGGUGAAAUUGCGAUUAAACACUCAUCAUCAGAAUGUGGAGGCGGUACUUUCAUUGUAUGAAGACAUAACAACUAAGGUAAAAUUGCUAUUAAACACUCAUCAUCAGAAUGUGGAGGCGGUACUUUCAUUGUAUGAAGACAUAACAACUAAGAUUAAUGGAAGUGUUACCAAGGAGGAUGUGUUUGCCGAAAUCGACAGUGCGCUGACGAGACUUGUUGAGAAAAGAAAGGCGACUUGGGAAUCUCUGGCAGCAUAGAAGGUGUAGUGCUUCUAUCCUUACAAGUUUAGUUCCAAGUCAGUAAUUUGUGCACAAUUUGGUUGUUGGGAUAUGCUUGCAAUCUCCCGCGAAGGAAAACACAACUUCUACAUGCCCUGUGGAAAGGUCAGCCCAAAAAAAAGGAAAAUAAGUAAAUUACACUCAUUAUCUGUUGGACCACAGUUAUUUUUAAGGAUAUUGUGAAUCAAAAUUGGAGCAAUAUGGAGAAAUAUUGUUCUUUGUUUUUUCUAUACAACGGUCGCUUGAUACCCAAGAUCCGAAUUAUAGCUCCAAUUAGCAAGGCCAUCUGCAACCACAUUUUUCUUCUGGUACACGUUAAUUAAACAUAUCUUCUGUACAACCUAGUUGCAUCACUCAAAGAUACGAAGAUAAGAAGGGUUUAGGGUUUUGUUUUGUUCAAGUAAUGAAGAUUGAAGAGAUUGAUAGC